GAAAUGCCAAAGAUAAUACCCCAAAAUAAAGUACCAAUUUUCUUCCCACCCAAUCUCUUCCUCUGCGUUUCUCUGCAAAACCAGAAGCUCUGGGGAAACCGCAAGAAAAAACACAAACAAAAUCAAAAAACCUUAACCCAUUCUUAACUAAAACAACCCCAUUAUGCCAUGCCUCACACCACACCCCUCUCUCCUCGUUCUUCUCUUCUCUCUCCCCCUUUUCUUUCUCUUCUCCCCUGCAAAAACCUCUCAUUUACAUUCCUUACGUAUUCCAGAUGGCGUUGAGGUUGUUGGUGAGAGUGAGUAUGGCAAGGUGCUACCAUGGAAAACAAGGAGAUCCAUGGCGGAAAAUGACACAGCCAACACGUCUCUGAUAUUGGCUCAGAAUCGGACAACCAGAAAGGACCCUCUUGACAAUUUUAAGCGUUACACCGGUGGUUGGAACAUCAGCAAUAAGCAUUACAUUGCCUCAGUUGUUUUUACUGCAGCUCCCUUCUUUGUUGUUGCUGCAGCCUGGUUCGUGAUUUUUGGGAUUUGUUUAUCCUUCAUCUGCUUGUGUUACUGCUGUUGUCCUAGAGAGCCUUAUGGCUAUUCACGUUUGGCCUAUGCUUUGUCCUUGAUCUUCCUCAUUCUCUUCACCCUUGCAGCAAUAGUUGGAUGCAUUGUCCUUUACACUGCUCAGGGGAAGUUUCAUGGAAGCACCACAAACACACUGGAAUAUGUAGUGAGUCAGGCUGACUUCACUGCUGAAAACCUCAGGAACGUGUCAGAUUAUCUUGAUGCAGCUAAGAAAAUUGGAGUUGAUGCAGUUUUCUUGCCUGCUGAUGUUCAGAAGCAAAUAGAUGAUGUUCAAACGAAAAUUAAUUCGUCUGCUGUGGAGCUUUCCAGCAAGACUGCUGAUAAUUCAGAGAAAAUAAAAGAAGGCAUAGAUGGAAUGAGAUUGGCUCUUGUUGUUAUCGCUGCUGUUAUGCUCUUUCUUGCAUUUCUCGGAUUCUUGUUUUCGUUAUUUGGGCUGCAAGGUCUUGUAUACUUCUUGGUAAUUGUCGGAUGGUUUCUUGUUGCGGGCACAUUUAUACUCUGUGGUGUAUUUCUUUUUCUUCAUAAUGCUGUUGCAGACACAUGCGUUGCCAUGGAUGAAUGGGUUCAGAACCCUACUGCACAUACUGCUUUGGAUGAAAUUCUUCCAUGUGUUGAUAAUGCAACUGCCCAGGAAACCUUGUUACGAAGCAGGGAUGUGACACACCAACUUGUGAAAUUAGUUGACAACGUCAUUGCCAAUCUCACAAACAGAAAUUUCCCACCUUCUGUUAAACCCUUGUAUUACAAUCAAUCAGGCCCCCUCAUGCCUCUUCUGUGCAAUCCGUUUAACCCUGACCUCACAAGUCGGAAGUGCGCAGCUGGGGAAGUUCCAGUGGACAAUGCUGCAGAGGUGUGGAAAAAUUAUACUUGUGAGGUGUCUUCAUCCGGCAUUUGUCAGACGCCGGGUCGGAUGACCCCCACCAUUUAUGGCCAAAUGGAAGCUGCAGUGAAUAUAACCUAUGGCUUAUAUCACUAUGGUCCAUUCUUGGUUGAUUUAGAAGACUGCACUUUUGUACGAACAACAUUCACAGAUAUCAGCAACAAAUAUUGUCCUGGCCUUCGGAAAAAUAGUCAAUGGAUUUAUGUUGGAUUAGUUUUGGUGUCUGCAUCUGUCAUGCUGUCUUUGAUCUUUUGGGUCAUCUAUGCUAGAGAGAGGCGGCAUCGGGUUUACACUAAACAGUUCUUUGACGGUUAAAUAUGUUUGGACUUAAACAAAAAUUAGGUACAAUAUGAUUCUCAUGUACAUUUGAGUUAGAUUGUAUUCGAUGUUGGUAUCUUAUAUGAGAUGUAGAGUUAUUUAUCUUACAAAUACUUUGAGUAGAUGUGUGUAAAGUUAUUCAAGGAGCAACAAUUUACUUGGUUACUAAAUUAU